AUGUCGGACAAUCUGACAACCGCCGAGGUGGACAAGCAGCUUCCCAGUGAGAAAGGUCAGUGUCUGAAUCUGAAUCUGAACCCUGUGCGGUCUCCACGCAAAGCGUUGGAGUGCUUGGCUUGUGGUGUUUCGCUUGCAGACACUUCUGCGCGGUCCCAGCCAGCAUCCUCCAGCGGUAGAAGCACCCAGUAUGCAGGACAUUGUGACUCGUGCAGCCUCUCGCUCCGGAACAUUUUGCGUGCCUCGAAAGCCUCGACUGCGGAUGAUCUGGAAGGACUUGAUGAAGCGGACGCCGGGACGGGUGGCUCAGGCUCAGGCUCCAAAUCCAAAGCCAAGGCCAAGGCCAAGGCGUCAGCAGCUUUCGAAGGCGAAGACGAUGCCGUGUCGACGGAGAUGUUCCUCAGGAAGUUAUCCCAGGAGGAUCCCGAGCGCUAUCGCGUCGUCUUCAAGAAGUUCCAAGAUCAGACGAAGGGUGAGACCAACAAAGGAGGACGUGGCAACAAGCGGCAAAACUUCAAUGUACGUGCUGCUGCAGCGACAAUCAGCACGCAGACUUCCGAACGUACGAAGAGGAAGCGCUUGACAGGGACCGAGCAUGCGAUGGACAAGGCCAAGUACAUUCAGCAUUUUACAACCGCAGUGCCAGUUGGCGACAGAUUGAACGAGGAGGAGGCACAGCUGGCAUGGCUGCGUGACAUCAACCCGAAUAACACGGUCACUGAGAAGGAGAAGUUCGCCGUCUUCAAUCCGAAGACUGGACUUCUUGAGGAGCGGGACCACGUGUGGGUCAACGUUGGAUUCGAGCGUGCCAAGGAGGUGUUUGCCGACGACAAGCGAUCCUUGCAGAAAGUUGACAAGGUGACGAACGCAGCUCAAGCCGAAGCCAUCCUCAACAACAUGGCCUCUUUCAUCAGCUUUUCCGCUGAUUCUGAGUUCAUCCAGGCCCGCAACUUCUUGGAGGCUCCACAAUCAGAUGAAGCAGAGAUUAUUGGAGUGGCCUCCAUCACGGCCCGCGGUGUCGGGGCUGGCAAGGCGAAUAAGAAGAGCAAAGGCGGCGGUGGCGGUGGCACUGGUGGCAAUACUAAGAAUAAGCCCAAGAAGGAACCGAAAUCCUUCGAUCCGAACGCUUACAGGGUGAAAAUCGCUACCAAGCUCUUUGCCCACUUGAAGUUCAUCCAAGCUGCGCUUAUCGAUGAGGUCAACAAGAGCGAGGAGUUCUUGCGAACUCACGAGUCCAUGGUAGACAAGGCGAAAUCCUUGAGGACGAGAGGCAUCAGCUCCGACCGCCUCUCGGAUCCCGCUUUGGAGCUUGGUGAUGACCUCGCGUCCUACAGGCUUAUGUUUGUCAUUCUGAACCGCUAUGACAUCCUGAAGCUCAUGGCGCAGGGCUCAGACAAGAACCCGGGGGUGGCAGUCGGU